AUGUACGGAACCUCUACCGGCCCCCAAACGGGCGUCUCUACACCACGAUCCUCUGCGUCAUUACGACCUCUCGUUCUUAAUCACGGCUCUCUCGAAUACUCCUUUCUGAUACCCACCAACCUGCACUUCCAUGCCACCCAGAUUAAGGAACGAUUUGUUUCUUCACUUCCAUCAGCAACAGAUGAAUUGGCUCAGGAUGAUGAGCCUUCCUCCGUGCCAGAGUUGGUAGCACGAUAUCUGGGAUUCGUUGCAGCAGAGGUGGAAGAAGGUGAAGAUGAUGCUCAGGGGACAUAUGCGGAGGUCUUACGGCUUGUCUUGAACGAGUUCGAGCGUGGCUUCUUGAGAGGCAAUGAAGUUCACGCACUGACGGCGACCCUUCCGGGAAUCAACGAAAAGAAGCUAGAAGUCGUUAGAAGUUAUUAUGCAGCUCGAGCAGCAAUUGGCCGAGCCAUCAGGCCCUACAACUCAGCUUUAUCCCGGGCCGCCAGUGAUGAAGGCGCUAAAAUUUACAGCAUUUUUGGUGGACAAGGAAACAUAGAAGAAUAUUUCGAUGAGCUUCGUGAGCUUUACAACACAUACCCAGCUUUCUUGGAAGAGCUCAUUCAUUCCGCCGCUGAGCUCCUCCAGAAUCUGUCGAAAGAUUCAAGGGCCGAAAAGUUGUACCCUAAAGGGCUCGAUGUUUUGGCGUGGCUGCACAGCACCGAGGAGACGCCAGAUGUUGACUACAUGGUUUCCGCCCCAGUCAGUUUCCCAUUAAUUGGUCUUGUCCAACUUGCCCAUUAUACUGUGACUUGCAAGAUUCUUGGCCUCACUCCCGGUCAAUUCAGGGAAUAUGUCAGUGGAACGACUGGUCACUCCCAGGGAAUCGUCUUAGCUGCGGCUACAUCUGCUAUGGAUUCGUGGGAGUCAUUUGACGAUGUCUCUAUCUCCGCGCUUACAGUGCUUUUCUGGAUUGGAGCUCGAAGUCAACAGACAUACCCAACGACAUCCUUGGCACCACAUGUUCUACAGGAUUCAAUCGACAAUGGAGAAGGGAAACCAACACCUAUGUUGAGCAUCCGCGAUUUGUCUCAAGCGCAGGUCCAAGAGCACAUCGAUGCUACCAACCAAUACCUUCCGGAAGACCGACAUAUCUCCAUAUCUCUCAUUAAUAGUGCCCGAAAUAUGGUUGUCACUGGCCCUCCAAUUUCGCUUUAUGGUCUCAAUUUGCAGCUUAGAAAGGUCAAGGCUCCAACUGGUCUUGAUCAAACUCGAAUCCCUUUCACCGAGCGAAAGGUCCGAUUUGUCAACCGAUUUUUGCCAAUCACAUCUCCUUUCCACAGCAAAUACCUAGCUAAUGCUACUGAACAUCUUGCGGACGAUCUCAAGGAUGUGCACAUUGAUAGCAAGUCCUUGGCCAUUCCAGUUUACGAUACCAACACGGGCAAGGACCUGAGAGAGGUCAAAGGCGACGUCGUCCCGACUCUCGUCCGCCUCAUUACUCAUGACCCUGUGAAUUGGGAGAAAGCCACAGUUUUCCCUGGUGCAACACACAUUCUUGAUUUCGGCCCAGGUGGUAUCUCAGGUCUUGGUGUUUUGACUAGUCGCAACAAGGACGGAACUGGUGUCCGGGUCAUCUUGGCUGGUACUAUUGAUGGCACAGUCACAGAAGUCGGAUACAAACCAGAAAUCUUCGAUCGAGACGAGGAGCAUGCCGUGAAAUAUGCGGUUGAUUGGGUGAAAGAGCAUGGUCCUCGCCUAAUCAAAAAUGCAGCUGGAAAAACAUUCGUCGAUACCAAGAUGAGCCGCAUGUUGGGUGUUCCCCCAGUUAUGGUUGCUGGUAUGACACCAUGCACUGUGCCUUGGGACUUUGUGGCAGCCACCAUGAAUGCGGGAUACCAAAUCGAGUUGGCUGGAGGUGGUUAUUACAACGCCAAGACGAUGACAACCGCAUUGAAGAAGAUUGCAAGCGCUAUUCCCGCUGGACGCGGUAUCACCGUCAACUUGAUCUAUGUCAAUCCUCGCGCCAUGCAAUGGCAAAUUCCUCUUCUUGGUCAAUUGCGUGCUGAGGGUGUUCCUAUCGAAGGUUUGACCAUCGGUGCUGGAGUUCCCUCAAUCGAAGUUGCUCAAGAAUAUAUUGAGACUCUUGGAUUAAAGCACAUUGCUUUCAAGCCAGGAUCCGUGGAUGCUAUUCAAGCCUGCAUCAACAUUGCAAAAGCUAAUCCUACAUUCCCUGUUCUUCUUCAAUGGACCGGUGGCCGUGGUGGUGGCCAUCAUUCUUUCGAGGAUUUCCAUCAACCAAUUCUCCAGAUGUAUGGCCGAAUCAGAAGAAGCGAAAAUCUCAUUCUCGUCGCGGGUAGUGGUUUUGGUGGUGCCGACGAUACCUAUCCUUACCUCACCGGUGAGUGGUCUGCAAAGUACGGUUAUCCACCAAUGCCAUUCGACGGUUGUCUCUUUGGCAGUCGUGUCAUGACAGCAAAAGAGGCACACACAAGCAAGAAUGCCAAGAAGGCUAUCACUGAAGCAGAAGGUCUUGACGACGCACAAUGGGAAAAGACAUACAAGGGACCAGCUGGAGGCGUUAUUACCGUGCGCUCUGAGAUGGGUGAGCCAAUUCACAAGCUUGCCACUCGUGGUGUCAAAUUUUGGGCAGAGAUGGAUGCAAAGAUUUUCAGCUUGCCCAAAGAAAAGCGUGUUGCCGAACUAAAGAAGAACCGUGAAUAUAUCAUUAAGAAGCUCAACGACGAUUUCCAGAAGGUUUGGUUUGGACGCAACAAGGCUGGAGAGACCGUUGACCUCGAAGAUAUGACCUAUGGCGAAGUUGUUCGCCGCAUGGUUGACUUGAUGUACGUUCAACACGAGUCUCGAUGGAUCGAUCCAUCAUUCGAGAAGCUUACCGGCGAUUUCAUCCGCCGCGUUGAGGAACGUUUCACUACCGAGGGUGGCAGAGCAUCAUUGCUCCAAAGUUAUUCAGACUUAGACAACCCAUAUCCAACCGUCAAAAAGAUUCUUGCAGCUUACCCAGAAGCCGAAGAGCAACUCAUUAAUGCGCAGGAUGUCCAGCACUUCCUCCUCCUUUGCCAACGCCGUGGGCAGAAGCCUGUUACUUUUGUCCCUUCUCUUGAUGCGAACUUCGAGUUCUUUUUCAAGAAGGAUUCUCUCUGGCAAUCCGAGGAUCUUGAGGCCGUCAUUGACCAAGAUGUUGGUCGAACUUGUAUCCUGCAAGGCCCAAUGGCUGUCAAGUACUCUACAAUUGUCGAUGAGCCCAUUAAGGAUAUUCUGGAUGGUGUUCAUGAUGCUCACAUCAAGGGUUUGACCAAAGAUGUAUAUGGUGGAAACGAGGCCUCCAUUCCAGUCAUCGAGUACUUUGGCGGAAAGCUCAUCGACACCGAAGUUGAAGUAGACAUCGAAGGUCUGACUGUAUCCCAAGAUAACGAAAAAACCACUUACCGUGUUGGUUCCGCUGCUGCUACUCCACUUCCACCAAGCGACGUCUGGCUCGCUAUGCUUGCCGGUCAUAAGCGAUCAUGGCGCUACGCACUCUUUUCCUCGGAGGUCUUCGUGCAAGGGCAUAACUUCCAGACAAAUCCUAUGAAGCGCAUUUUCGCUCCGGUUCGUGGGCUUUUUGUCGAGAUAUUGCACCCCAACGACCCAUCAAAGACUGUCAUCACGGUCCGCCAGCAACCAAGACCCAACCAAUAUGACGAAGUCAUCAAUGUGAGACUGACCGGUAAAAAUGAGAUCACCGUCAACAUUAUCAAGCAAAGCACAGCUCUUGGUAAACCCGUUGCAAUGCCGCUGAUCUUCACCUAUCAUCCCGAGGCUGGUUACGCCCCAAUUCGUGAAGUAAUGGAAGACCGCAACGAUCGCAUCAAGGAAUUCUACUGGCGUGCCUGGUUUGGUAAUGAGCCACUCAACCUCGAUGCAUCUGUCACUGGUAAAUUCAACGGUGGCAAAGCAACCAUCACUUCUGAAGCCAUCAAUGAUUUUGUACAUGCUGUUGGUAACACUGGUGAGGCGUUCGUUGAUCGCCCAGGUAAGGAGGUUCUAGCACCUAUGGAUUUUGCCAUCGUUGUUGGGUGGAAGGCUAUCACGAAACCAAUCUUCCCAAGGACGAUUGAUGGUGAUCUUCUCAAGCUUGUCCAUCUCUCGAACGGGUUCCGCAUGCUCCCAGGCGCUGAACCUUUGAAAAAAGGCGAUGAAGUGGAAACAACCGCACAGAUCAAUGCUGUCAUCAAUCAAGCGUCGGGCAAGAUGGUUGAGGUUUGUGGUACGAUUACACGCGAGGGCAAGCCAGUCAUGGAGGUCACUUCUCAAUUCUUGUACCGGGGUGCUUACACCGACUUCGAGAACACAUUCCAGCGCAAGGUUGAGACGCCAAUGCAAGUUCAUCUCGCCACUACAAAGGAUGUAGCAGUUUUGAGAUCCAAGGAGUGGUUCAACCUUGAUGAGCUAGACCAAGAGCUCAUUGGCCAGACAUUGACUUUCCGCCUCCAAAGUUUGGUCCAUUUCAAGAACGAAACAGUCUUCGAUAGUGUUGAGACCAGAGGACAAGUCCUUCUAGAGCUUCCUACAAAGGAAGUCAUCCAGGUCGCAAGUGUGGAGUACGAGGCGGGCGUUUCUCACGGAAACCCAGUUAUUGACUACCUCGAGAGACAUGGUUCCUCCAUUGAACAGCCCGUCAACUUCGAAAAUGCCAUUCCUCUCAAUGGGAAGACUCCACUUCUCCUCAAGGCCCCAGCAUCCAACGAGCCCUACGCAAAGGUUUCCGGUGAUUACAAUCCUAUUCACGUAUCCCGAGUCUUUGCUGCUUACGCCAACCUUCCUGGUACUAUCACGCACGGAAUGUAUUCCAGUGCUGCCGUGCGAAGUUUGGUCGAGACCUGGGCCGCUGAAAAUAAUGUCGGUCGUGUCAGAAGUUUCCACGCAUCCUUGACUGGUAUGGUCCUUCCUAACGAUGACAUUGAAGUCAAAUUGCAACACGUUGGUAUGGUUGCCGGUCGCAAAAUCAUCACAGUCGAAGCGAGCAAUAAGGAGACCGAGGAUAAAGUUUUGCUCGGUACAGCUGAAGUUGAGCAGCCUGUGUCAUCUUAUGUCUUCACUGGCCAGGGUUCUCAGGAGCAAGGUAUGGGUAUGGAACUUUAUGCUAGCAGUCCAGUUGCGAAGGAAGUUUGGGAUCGCGCUGAUAAGCACUUCAUGGACAAUUAUGGAUUUGCCAUUACCAACAUCGUCAAGAAUAACCCUAAGGAGCUUACAAUCCACUUUGGUGGAGCUCGUGGAAAGGCUAUUCGUCAAAACUACAUUGCCAUGACUUUCGAGACUGUCAGUGCCGACGGAUCCACCAAAUCCGAGAAAAUCUUUAAAGAGAUUGAUGAGAAGACCACCUCAUACACCUACCGAUCACCAACUGGCUUGCUCUCCGCUACUCAAUUUACGCAACCCGCUUUGACUCUCAUGGAGAAGGCGAGUUUCGAGGAUAUGCGCUCCAAGGGACUCGUCCAACGUGACAGUUCGUUUGCUGGUCACUCUCUUGGAGAGUACUCGGCUCUUGCUGCAUUGGCAGAUGUCAUGCCUAUUGAGAGUUUAGUUUCCGUUGUGUUCUACAGAGGUCUCACUAUGCAAGUUGCUGUUGAGCGUGACGCAUCUGGUCGUUCGAAUUACUCCAUGUGCGCCGUCAACCCAAGCAGAAUCUCAAAGACCUUCAACGAAGAGGCUCUCCAGUACGUGGUGUCCAACAUUUCAGAAGUCACCGGCUGGCUUUUGGAGAUUGUCAACUACAACAUUGCAAACAUGCAGUAUGUCUGCGCUGGUGAUCUCCGAGCCCUCGAUACUUUGACAGGUGUCACCAACUACCUCAAAGCCCAAAAGAUUGACAUUCAGCAAUUGAUGCAAGAUCUUUCGCUUGAAGAUGUCAAGGAGCAUCUCGCAGAGAUUAUCCGCGAGUGCGCCAAGCAAACCGAAGGCAAGCCAAAGCCUCUCGACCUUCAACGUGGUUUCGCAACCAUCCCUCUCAAGGGGAUUGAUGUUCCUUUCCACUCUACGUUCUUGCGCUCUGGUGUCAAGCCUUUCCGAUCCUUCCUUCUCAAGAAGAUCAACAAGACUACUAUCGAUCCAAGCAAGUUGAUUGGCAAAUACAUUCCCAACGUCACAGCUCGACCAUUCGAGCUGACUAAAGAGUACUUCGAGGAUGUCUACAGACUCACCAACUCACCAAAGAUUGGUGCUGUGUUGGCGAACUGGGAUAAAUACCAGGAUCCUCCUACAAAUGGCGUGAACGGUGUUACGACGAACGGGAUUAAUGGAACGCAUUGA